AUGAAUUUCAAAAUUGCAAUGGAAAAUUCAGCGCAAAGAGUCAAAAGAAAAGCGAAAUCAGUAGAAAGAGAGCGUAUGCCUAGUUUACAAGGUCCUAGGUCUAAUGUAUCUAUUGAAUGUAUAAGCACUCCAAAACGAAACCAAAAAAGUACACCAAGAGCAAGCAUAGAAAAAGGCCAGCAUAUUAAUGCUUCAAAUUUCCAUAAUCCUUUCGCUAACUUCUCUCCCUCCAUGAGCUAGUAUCGCUAUUUUUCUAAAAAACCUCUGUGAUCGAGAAAGAAUUUUUGUAAAACUAUUUUAAUAUAUAAAUAAUAAUUAUUAUAAUGAAAUCUCUAGUUAAUUUAAAUUUAUUUACUUAAUAACAUAAAAUUUAUAAAUUAAUUUAAUUUUUAGUUUCUAAUUUUUGCAAGUUGAGAUUUUAAAAAAAAUUUAUUAUAUCGCUGUAUAUAUUUAAACCACAAUAAACUUGUCCCACUGGUCAUGACUAGUAGAUAAGUUUACUGGUGAUCAAAUAUUAACAACCACAAUAAAAAAAAUUAAUCCAACCAUGACGAGCAAAAAUUUUUCUGUCAUUUUAUAGGAACUUUUUCCUUGUCUCGGACUUUUGGUUGUAAUUUUUUCUUUGUGUGGCAUUUCCUCAGCAAAAAACCUUAAAAGCUCUAUCAAAUUAAUUUUGAGGGAUAAAAAAUCGAUCAAAAUACCGAGAAAUUACAAAACUACCAAAAUGAUACAAUCAAAUGACACGGAGUCAAAUUUUCUGCUGCUCAUAAAGAGGGGAGUAAAAAUUUUGAAAAUAAAAUUACUUCUGAGCAAAUGAAUGACUUCGAGCAGCGAAAUAAGGAGAGGCUCAAAAGAAUGAUUGAAAAUAAAAUAAUUAUAAAAGAAAAGGCAAAUUACCUUAAAAACGAAGGGUUUUUGAUUUCUCGAUCAAAAAGCCCUGUAGUCGAUUUCUCUAAUUUUUUUGACAAAAAUGAAAAUAGCAGAGAUGAAUUAUUGAACAAUUUUAGCAAUAAAUUAGACAGGCGAAUUGAACGAAGAUUGUCUAGCUCCCCCUUUAAAUUGGAACAAAUAUAAAUCAAAUUUCCAGUUUUUUGGUACUUUAACCCUCUUUAAAUUGGAAACAAACUUUUUUCAAUAGGAAAAUUUUAUACCAAUCUAGUUUUGGCAAGUAGAAUAUUAUUUAAUCAUUUUCCCACACUGAUUCUAUUAUUUUGAAAUUAAUUCUUAUAAUAUUGCAUUUAAGUUUAUUUUUUUUAAAAAAAUUAACCCCUCAUUUCAAUUGAAAAAAGAUGUUUUUUUCCAACCUAAGGAGGGAGUAAAGAGAAAUAUAAUAAUGCUGCACAUUUAAUUGGAACAAAAACACCCCGGAUCAGAAAUAAUGCAUCUCCUCAGUUUUCUGAUAUAAAUAAAAACCUCAGCAUUGAUUCACUACAAAAUAAAAAUCAUUGAACUACUGAAGACCAAAAAUUAUCAUCCAAAACUCCUGAAAUAGAAAAUAAUUAUUUUUAUCCAUAUGAACGUAACUCAAAACAGCAUAAAAGUGAAGAGAGAUCACUAUCAUUAAAAAAUGCUUCACAAAAACCCUCACACAUUAAAAGAACAGAAAGAUCUUUCCGAUUACCCAAUUCUUCAAACGAAUCUUAUGGCUAUUCCUUUCUAGCCAAUAAACGAAAAUUAAGAGAAAAAGUGCUUGAUAUAAGCGAAGAGGAUAAAAACCUCCAAGAAAUCAUUGAAAACGGGCUAAACGAUGAUAGCAGUAUUAAACGAAUCAAAUCAGGAAUCCACAAAAUCGAAGCCAAAGCUCUAGAAAAUGAGCUCGCUCUAAAAUCCGGCCGGAACGACACAUUAAAACAGUUUAAGCUUAACCAAAAGAUUUCAAACUUGCUUAUUCUUUCAAUCAAAGCAAAAAUGGCUGUCUUAGAAAAAGGAAACCCAUAG